CUGUUCAUUCAGAUCUGCUCCGUGCUGUGCUUCUUCUGCUGCUGCCUUGCAGCGACCAGCGAGAAGAAAUCCAUUCGCUAGGCCGGCCCACCCACCCACGAUAGCGGUUGUGGUCACUCAUGCGUCGUCGCCGGAGUCCAAUCUCGCCGCUCGGAGUUUCUUGACUUUUCUGGUCGGAGUUUCCAUUUCCUCCUGGAGGAGAUUAUUUCUUUCUCCUCUUUCACCCCGAGAAUCUCGUCUCGGGUCGCGCUGGUUUGAUUCCUCCUCGCCUGAGUCCACCGCUUUCGCUUCCAGUGGAGAAGCUUGUCCGUGAAGCAGCGCUCGUCUCCUGCUUAAAAUUUCUUCCUUCUGCCUUGGUUUCUUUGCUCGCGCCCGCCGAUUUGCUUGCUGCCCAGUCCACACUCCUCCGUUCGUGUCUCGCGGCUUUCCGCACUCGUUUUCCCGGUCUCGGAUUUCGUUACCAAUGGGCAACGCGUUCGCGUGCAUGCCGCGCAAGGAGCAGCGAGGCGCGGCCGCGGUGUCGCGCAGCAAGCGGAUGGGGAGCGCGCGGUCGGCGCGCGGCGGGCCCAAGCUGACGCCCGCGGAGGAGGAGCUCCUCCACCGCCAGGCUCUGGCCAUGGCCAUCCACCAGCACCUCGACGCCGGCGGCUCCAUGUCGCGCCGCAUCGACGCCGGGGCCUCCCUGUCCCGGCGCAUGGCCCCGGGCUCCACCAGCUCCCGCCGCCGCGGCGACCUGCCGGACUCCGUCACGAAUGCCAAGCCCGCCCCAAUUGUUCUGGAGAAUUUGGAAACAAAGAAAAUUGUCCUUGUUCAUGGAGAAGGGUUCGGUGCUUGGUGUUGGUACAAGACCAUCUCACACUUGGAGGAAGCUGGUCUAGAUCCUGUUGCCUUAGAUCUCACAGGCUCUGGCAUAGACCAUACUGAUACAAACAGCAUAGCUACGUUAGCAGAUUACUCCAAGCCAUUGAUUGAUUACCUCGACAGACUUCCUGAAGAUGAGAAGGUCAUUUUGGUCGGCCAUAGUUGCGGAGGUGCGAGUGUCUCGUAUGCACUGGAGCAGUACCCCCGAAAGAUCUCAAAGGCGGUGUUUCUUACUGCUACAAUGGUAAAGGAUGGCCAGAGGCCCUUUGACGUGUUCUCGGAGGAACUCCGGUCGGCGGAUGUUUUCUUGCAAGAGUCACAGUUUCUAGUCUAUGGAAAUGGGAAGGACAAGCCUCCUACUGGGCUGAUGUUCGAUAAGCAGCAGAUCAAGGGGCUGUAUUUCAACCAAACCCCUUCCAAGGAUAUGGCACUAGCAGCGGUGUCCAUGAGGCCUAUCCCUCUAGCCCCAAUCAUGGAGAAGCUCUCCCUCACCCCGGAGAACUACGGCUCCGUCCGUCGCUACUUCAUCCAGGCACUCGACGACCACAUGCUGUCGCCGGAUGCCCAGGAGAAGCUGGUCCGCGAGAACCCUCCCGACGGCAUCUUCAAGAUCAAGGGCGGCGACCACUGCCCCUUCUUCUCAAAGCCGCAGUCCCUCAACAAGAUCCUGCUGGAGAUCGCGCAGAUCCAAGCUCCUGCGGCGCUGCUCAAGGCGAGCUCCCCCGAGGAGACCGCCGCCGCCAUGGUGACAGGGCCAGCCAAGUCAUGACUGCAUGUAUGUAGUGUACACGAAAAGAGAAAUGAGUAAGCACAUAGGUUGCAAAAGGGAGGGGGAGGAGGUCUGGGGAUUAACUGAAGCCAAGCUGUGUCGGAUAAUAAUGUAGGGAGGUCAAAGUGUUUCUUUCUUUCUUCUGUGAUCAGAUCAGAUCAUAUAGAGAAUGAGAGGUGGUCAGCA